GCUUCCAUAAAUACUUGUAGCCGAUUAUACAGUAUACAACUUGAUACAAAAUGUCACUAAAAACUUAAAAAAUAGUAUAUUUCUUUAUACGUGUUUCUAAACAUAUUUAAUGAAUGGCGUUUCUUCGCGAUAGAUCUAUAUUUUGUAUUCCGGAGUCAAUACUUGAAUAUGAGGAACGAUAUAUAGUAGGUGGAAUAUGUAUUUUAACAGCAAGUGUUGGCUUCACUGGCGCCGCACUUCAACUCAGAUCUUUGUGGCAAUUAAUAAGGAACAGACAAAGAAGACAACCGUCUCCAAAUAAAGACAUUAUAUUUUAUCUAGCACUUUCUGAUCUAAUAGCUUGCGCAGGCGUAUUUGCCUUAGCCAUCUGUUUAAUGAUUUUUCAAGUACCUGAAACUGAGGGACAAAGUCAUCAUAGUGAGAUCACUUCUACACAUUACGAACCAAAAGAUUUUAAAUUGUAUAUACCAGUUGGUACAACAACCGAGGUUAUAGCGUUAUUUGGUUACCUCGCUUCUUAUAUUUGGACAUUCUCCUAUGCACUGGAUAUGUGCUUUCAAAUGUAUCGAAUAGAAUGCCGGAUGCGUGUGUACCACAUACUUGCUUGGGCUAUUCCACUCGAACUUGUAACUAUUAUUGAAGUUAUGAAUUUUGUUUUAUUUCCCGAUACCUGUAUGAGGGGUGAGGCGCGUUUAUCCCGGGUAUUAUUAUCCUACGCGCCUGUGAUGGUUAUCAUGCUGGCUAACCCAAUUCUCUUUAUUAUUACUUAUUAUAAAGUUAAACAACGAUUAAGAUCAUCUGGGAGUUAUACUUCUAUGGACCGUGCAGCUCUGAUUAGAUGCAGAAGAAAGUUUUUAUGGAUGGUUGUUGGUUUUACAGUAUGUUGGCUUCCAAAUAUCAUCUCACUAACGUAUUUUAUCUGGACGUUUGAUAAAAAACAGGAAGAUAAAAAAUCAAAGUUAGAUAAAUUUUGGUAUGUCGAGGCGUUCGUAAAUCCACUUCAAGGAGUAUUCAACUAUUUCCUCUAUCGACGAGCAUUUCGAGUGACAGCAACAGACACUCGACCUGAACCUAAUGCGUUACCACGUGUUCCACGAACUCCUUCCUUAGAAAGUUACCGACGCAAGAAUAUUCCUGCUCAAGUUUCUACCAAUCAGACUUUACAAAGAAUUUCUUCAUCACCGUCAAGUCACGAUGAAGAAGCGCCGCUUAUCACACCGAGAAACGAAGCACCCGCUCCUCGAUACGUAUAUAUCAGUAGGCUGCUAGGAGAAUGAAUACCGGACAUUGUUCACUCUCGGAACCGAAAUGACAAAACACCAUAUUUUAUUGUAUUUCAUGUAAAUUCGUUUAUGAUAGUCGACAGCGUCAUUGAUGGUCGGUAACAUCAUUUAACUCGUUAGCAGAUUAACAAAUCCUUAUGGAACUUGAAGGUAGCAUGUAGAUAAAGUCAUGCAUUACAACGUGCACGCUAAAAAAGCCAAUGGUGUGUCGCUUGUUGGAGCUGCAAAAAAAAGCUACCUAUAUGGCUAAAUAAAAAUCUAGAAUAUAAAUAUAUUACGAUGCUACCGACCUUUUACGGUUUCUAAAUGCGUGUCGACGACCCCUUUCCUUACUUGUAUCUAUGUUUCUUGUUCUAUCAACAAUGUAUGAAUAUUUAUUCUGAAUAUCAAUUGGUGAUUCCUUGUGCUGA